AUGAAAAUAAAAAAGGCAAAAGUCGUGACAAAGAAAACAAAAAAACCUGUCACAAAGAAAAAGAAACAAUUAAGUAAUAUAACAACAGAUGACUUUUUUAAUCAAAAUUUUGAAGAUGAAAUAAAUGCUAGUGAUAAUAAUGAUCAAGAUAAAGAUAUCCACGAAGAUGAUGCAAGAAGCAGUGACAGUGAUAUAGAUCCAAUAGAGCAUAAGAAAUCUUUAAUGAAAUUAAAGGAUAUAGAUCCAGAGUUUUAUACAUAUUUACAAGAAAAUGAUAAAAAUCUUUUAGAUUUUGAUAUAUCAGAUGAUGAUGAUAUUGAUAAUGAUAAUAAAUCUUCAUUGGAUAAAUUCGAUGCAAGACAUAUACCUGAUCAUCAUUUAGAGGUUGCUAGUGAUGAAAGUGAUUAUGAAAUAGAUCAAGAUAAUGAAGUAAAGGAUAAAAGAAAAGUUACAUUGCAAUUAUUGAAAACAUGGCAAGAAGAAAUUCAGAAAGACAAAUCAUUGAAAACAAUUAAAUGUGCCGUAGAAGCUUUUCAUGCGGCAUUGCAAACUGUAGCUGAAUCUGCUGAUUCAGACUCUCUGCAAUAUAAAGUAGAGGGUGGUGUAGUGUUUAAUGGAGUUUUCCAAUUAUGUAUAUUAUAUUUACCAGACGCAUUUAAACGAUAUUUGAAAUUAAGUUCAGAAUCUCAAAUUCAAAUUCAUAAAGUUAAAAGGUUUGCAAAAGUAAAGACUAUUCUUAAAUCGUAUUUAACAAAUUUAAUUAAGAUUUUACAACAUGUAACGUCACAUAAUAUUCUUACAAUCCUUUUAAAACAUUUACAUCAAAUGUUACCAUACACACAGUCUUUUUCGUCAUUAAUUAAGCCAUUAUUAAAGGUGUUGUUGAAAUUUUGGUCAAGUGGAGAAGAAAAUGUUCAAGUUGUUUCUUUUUUAUGUAUAUUACGUAUUGCAACCAGUAAUCGCGAAUCAGUUUUAGAAACAUUAUUUAAGACAAUGUAUGUCAAAUAUGUUGAAAAUUCUAAAUUUGUGUCUCUUACAACUUUACCUGGAAUUAAUUUUAUGAGACAUUCUUUAGCUGAAAUAUAUUUGUUGGAUAAUAAUUUAGCUUACAAUCAUGCUUUUUUAUAUAUUAGACAGUUAGCUAUUCAUUUAAGAAAUGCCGUGACUUUGAAGAGAAAGGAACAUUUCCAAGCUGUGUAUAAUUGGCAAUAUAUAAAUUCAUUACAUUUUUGGACAGAAUUAAUAAAUUUAUCAAGGAGCGAUUCCAUGUUACAUUCACUUUUAUAUCCUCUUGUACAAAUUACUAUAGGAACAAUUAAACUAAUACCAACUGCACAAUAUUAUCCUCUAAGAUUUCAUUGUUUGCAAAUGUUAACAGAUAUGUCUAAAGAAACUGGAACAUUUAUACCUAUAUUGCCAUUCUUAAUAGAGGUAUUAAAUUCUUAUGAUUUCAAUAAGAAACACAAGGCGGUAUCAAUGAAGCCAAUACCUUUCAUUUGUAUUUUAAGGAUGUCUAAGUCUCAGUUACAGGAAAAUGGUUUUAAAGAUAAUGUUAUUGAUACCAUAUACAAGCUUAUCUUAGAGAAUGCUGCAAAAGAUAGUCAUACAGUAUAUUUUCCAGAUUUAUAUGUACCAUGCAUAAUACAGUUAAAGGCAUUUUUGAAGAAAUGUCAUAUAGCAAACUAUUGUAGAAAAAUGAAACAAUUAUUAGAUAAAAUUGAGGAGAAUAGAAAGUAUAUUGAAAUAGAGCGCAAUAAAACCAUUUUUGAUUUAAAAAAUAUGUCAGAAAUAAAGAAUUGGGAGAACAAGAUAAAAACGCAAGGUACAUCACUAUCGAAGUUCUAUGAGUCAUGGAUAAAAAUUUAUCAGUCACAGAAACUUAAAUUACUUACAAAAAAUGAAGACAUAGCUAAGUAUAAUUUACCAACUAUAAGAAAGUUAAAGAAAGGAAAAUCAGGCAUUGAAGGUAUAGACGAUAGUAGCGAAGAAAGUGACUUUGAUAUGAGAAUAAAAUCCAAUGAGGAAAAACCUGAAAAACGUUCCAAACCAAAGAAGAAAAAACUAAAAGUUAAUGAAGAUAAUAACAAGAUUGAUUUACCAAAAGAAAAUACAGAUAUCGUACAAGACAUCAAUAGUGAUGAUUGGGACUAA